AGCCUCCUCGGACACGGUGUUCAGCUCAAAUUCCUCCGCUGAAUCCGGUUUAAGGACGAGCCUGAAUUAAACCACGUCUCUGAAUUCCAAGGUUAAUCCACCAUGCUCCUGUUUUUGCCUGCAUUAUUGUGCAUUUUCAACAGAGUCGGAUGUCUGCCCCUGUUGGAUGUGAAGGGAAGCAGUUGUCUGGAGGAUUCCAGCAUGAGGACGGAUGGACACUGGCCCCCUGCAGGCUGUGAUGGACAGGUGACAGAUGACAUUUUGACUGCUGAAGAGCGGCAUCAGGGUCUGCUGAGAGAGCUACAGGACCUGGUUGAUCAUGAGCUUGAAAGAGAGAGUGAAUACACUCGGGAGACGGAGGAGUACGACCUGAAUGACAUGGAUGACCAGGAAGACAGGAAACAGGCUAAACAGAGGGAAGAAGAACAGACUGAGGACAGGAAACAGGAGCAUGAGGAUGAGGAGGAAGAAAGUGCUCGAGAGCUGGAAGAACUGCUGGCUGAGGAGAUCCGGAAAAAAGAAGAGGGAAGAAAAGCUGACACGGAACUGGAAGAGCUGAGAAAAAAGGAAGAAAAGUCAGAAAAAGACAGGGAAGAGGAUGAGAAGGAGAGGAUGGAGAACGAGGUGGAGCUGAAAGCGGAGAAAGAGAAGGUGGAGCUCGAGCUCCAGGCACUGACGAGCGACGAGACGAAGAUGAGGGAGAGGCAGGAGAAGGAGGAGGAACUGCAGGAGCUGAUGCAGAAGAUGGAGAGAGCGAAGGAGGAGCAGGAAGUGCCGACAGAGAGAGAGAGGGCAAAGGAGGAAGACCUAAGCCCAGAGACUAAAGAGCCACAGCAGAAGAGGGAGAUGGAAAAAGCGAGCGAUGAGAGGACACGGCAGUUCGAGAAGGAGAGAUACAAUGAUGACGAGGAGGAGGAAGAUGGAGAUGAAGACCAGGAGGAGGAUGAGGACCAAGCCGAAUCAGAGGAACUGUUGGAGAUUGAAGCCCAGUUGAGAAGAGUGGCUUCUGAACUGAGGAAACUGCACAGGGGCUAAACACCUGUGCGCACACACACACACAUAUACACACACACAUACACACAAACACACACACAAGAUACAAGCCAUAACAGCUGCUCUCUAAAACACACACAAACACACAGAAAUACACAAUUUCUUUCUGUAAUAGUUCCAGUGAUGACUCUUAGUGCUGUGUAGUGUGUGUGUAUACACAUAAUUCUAUAUUUAUAAUUCUAUAAACAAUAUAUUCACAAUUAUGAGUAAAUCCUGCUAAUUAACACGAGCCAAAAUGAACCAUUCAGAGUAAAAUGAAUCAGUGAAUCAGUUUAAACCGAACAGCCAUUUGUAAGAGUCUCAUGUAGGUAACAAGUAGUGGAAUCGUAUAGCCACCAGUUUAGCAUGGUGGAAUAAAUGCAAGAACUAAUGAAUGAAUGAAUCGGCUUAUUGGAGUGGAUCAAAGAAUCAAAUAAGUUUUCUGACUCACUAUAUGACUCACUGUUAUGUAUAAAAACACGGUCAAAAGGACGUCACAAAGGAGUUUGGUGUCACAGAAACAUCAGCGGAGGAGGUGUGGCCUAAAGUGAUUGACUCACAGAUUUAAAUGUUCUCAUUAGUUGAUGCAAAUCUUAUCUGUUGGGGUAUGUUUGUGCAUAAAACUGUAUCUUUUCCGUUGAUCAGUUAUCAGUAAUUGAUAGGACUCGAGUAGUGUGUAUAAUGUGGUGAGUUUUGUGAUUUAAAUUCUUAUCUAACGUAUGUAGUGUUUCUAAAUGCCGCUGUGUGUGUGUGUAUUUGGCUCUUACACUGUUAGAACGCAUUCAGACUGUUAAGCGAGAGCUGUGGUGAAGUUUUUUUUACAGGGAACCUGGCUGUGUGUGUGUUCACAGAUCCUAAUGUUGACUAGUACUUGCACAGCAAAGUGACAUAUGUUUUAUAAUCUUUUUUGCUUUUUAAAUGCCCUUGCCUGUUUAUUAUGGUAUUUACGGUAGCCGUUAUAUUCCAGUAUUUACGGUAAGCUAAAGAGAAUAUAACACUACAAAUCCUAUAGUAGAGUCAUCCGGAAGUUUAGCAUUAUCAUAGCGUUAAUCAUCAAAUAAACAAAGCAAAGCUCUAUAUAAAGUGUAAAAAUAAGUUAAAAGUGUGUUUGUGUGUGUGUGUGUGUUUGUUACGCCACGCUCCCUGAUUAAAGCAUCACUGCACUUCUCUUAAACAAGCCAAGGAGGAUUGGGCUCCUAAGCCAUUAUAGCUCACACACACAACGCACAGUCACACACUCUUGGCAAAGUUGUGAGCUUUAUCUCAGUGUUAAGAUCAAUCUGUCAUCCCCUGAUGAACCUUGUGAGUUUUUUUUGUACAGUGGUGUCAGUCAGGGUAUGAAAACUAUUUAAAACAUUUUAAAAGCAAUGCACUUUUUUUCCCGUUCUGGUCGCUAACGCCUGCAAUAAGCGCCGUUUAAAUAAAAAUGUUGAAAUGAUACAUGUAUAUAUGUAACGUACAAGCCGCAGACACUUUUGAAAUGAGUAUUAACGAGUAAUAAUAAUAGUGAUGUAAUAUCAUAUUGAAUAUACAGACCAUGUUAAUAUACAAAAUCUAUAUUGCACAUGUAAAGAAAUCCACCUGAGAGCUGAAUGUGUGUGUUAUUUGUAUUAUAUACUGAAUGGGCUUAAUUGAUGGUAUUGUCAAUAGCAAUCUUCUGUAUCUAUCAAUAAUUUGUUCGAAGGAGAAAGGAAAACAAAACUGUGAUGUCAGAAUUGGUCAUGUCCUGAUUCUCAGCAUCCGUACUCAUGCACUUUGAACCUCUCACUCAGAGACAAGACUAGUUUGUGGUUUUACGAAUAAUGGCUUUAGCACUUUUUAAAAAAAAAAAUUCAAAACGAUAUGAGUCUUGCAUCGACAUGCAGAUUUGAAGAAAGAAGGCAAUAAGUACAAGCGUAACAUCUCUUUGCUGAUUUGAGGCAGUAGCCAUGUUGAUUUUAUCCAUUGUGAGACGAUGGAUUCAGUGUGCAAUAAACUCUCCGAUAAAUAAUAAUAAUAAAAUAAACCUCCAUGGAGACA